CUCUUUCUUUUUAUCUGUGUUUCCGCCAUUUUGGACGUGUUCCUUAUUGCGGUGCAGCGCAAAAAUUAAAUAAUUUGCACAAUGGGCCACGCUAACAUUUGGUAUUCUCAUCCUCGCAGAUACGGCCAGGGUUCACGCUCGUGCCGCGCCUGCUCCAACAGACACGGUCUGAUCCGCAAGUACGGUCUUAACAUCUGCAGACAGUGCUUCAGAGAGUACGCUCACGACAUUGGUUUCAAGAAGCUUGAUUAAAAUGUUAAGGCAAUAAACUUUAAAUUAAGUUAA